AUGGGUCCUUACCUUACUUACAUCUGCAGUUCUCUCAAUGAAUGCGAUCAAGUUGUUACCACUCCAAACACUAUGAAUAAUGAGAUGGAUGCCUCUGAUCAUGAGUUCUUGUGUAAAUGCUUCUCUGAUGGCUCCGUUAGUAUUGAAAAUUUUAAAAAAGAGCAGGUUCCUAUCCACUUCUCGGUCAACCAACAUGCUGAAGAAAAGCCAAGUGGUGUCUGUGCUUCUUUCUGCUCCUCAGGGAGAACAAGGCUAUUAUUUGUUGGAAGAAGCGAUAAUAUUCUUACAUCGUACAGGCUUUGCUUUCAAGAUGGAAAAGAGCGUUUCAUUGAGUUUCAAAGCAAAGCUUUAAAUUGUGGUUCUCCGUUGACUUGCAUGGCAAUGACUUCAGUUCAUUCCACCAAUAACUAUUCUCAUGAAUGCUCCAUGUUGAUGGCGGUCGGCCUAUAUUCAGGGCAGGUACUGUUGUUUCAUAUUCUCUAUGAUGAAUCUACUGGUUUUCUUCAAUGGAAGCAAUACGAUUUCUUUAGCAACAAGGCUCCCUCUGUGGUUCUUCUCCGUAUUCUUCCAUGUCAGGAAUCCUAUGAACUCGAAAGAGCACAUCACUUUCGUUCCUUUUUCUUAUUUUCUCAACGAUCCAAUGGAAUCAUGGAGGUUUCAGAGGUCAAAGUUGAAUCUCGUACAUUAAUUGUAGGAGGUAAUCCUUUUCUUUCGACGGUGAAUGUUUCAGCUCAAAAUCGUCAAACGAUCAACGCCAUCAGAGCUUGUCCUUGUAGUAUUGCAUGUACAAAGCUCUUUUUUCCUUCUCUGAUAUGUGUUCUCGUUGGAGGUGAAUCGAGUUUGUCGUUAAUCUACUCAAAAGAUGAAUUCAAAACAUUCAGAUCCAUUCCUAUACAAGUUCCUUCCUCAUGUGUGAUUUGUGCAGUGAGUGCUGUGAGGCAUGAAAAAGAGGAUGGGGCGUUAUUGACACUUCUUUGUGGAGAUCAAUUCGGUCAAUUAUACAGAAUUAAGAUUGUGAAGGAGUCGUUUGAGGUAGUAGCCAAAUUGUUGGAGUUUAAAAGUUCUAGUUUUUUGUCACCUUCCCUUAGUUCCAUGACCAUGCAUUGUGUGUUGGUUAAAAAGAAUGGGAGGCACAAGAUCUUAUUUCAUGACAGAGUAGGCACUUGUCUUGAAUUUUAA